CCCCUUUCCUUGCGCACCACCUGGACCCAGCGUCUCCAGGCUCGGGUACAAAAGGGACCUGACAGCGGGAAAGCAGGACAGUCUUUGGGUUUCAAGAUGGCUGGAGGGAUGAAGAAGUUUUACGAUUUCUCGAUGAAUCUCCUGUCCACGGGAGAAGCGUAUAACUUCUCCACGCUGAAGGGCAAGGUCGUGCUGAUCGAGAACGUGGCGUCUCUCUGAGGCACGACCACCAGGGAUUACACCCAGAUGAACCAGCUCCAGCAGCGCUACGGCGCCCAGGGGCUGGUGGUACUGGGGGUGCCCUGUAACCAGUUCGGAUAUCAGGAGAAUUGUAAGAACGAAGAGAUUCUCAAUUCCUUGAAGUAUGUCCGUCCAGGCAAUGGGUUUGUGCCGGAUUUCCUUCUGACGCAGAAGGUGGAUGUGAAUGGGAAGGAUGCCCACCCCCUGUUCACAUUCCUUAAGGAGCAGUUGCCUUACCCCAGUGAUGACAACCUGUCCCUCAUGACCGACCCCAAGUACAUCAUCUGGAGCCCGGUCUGCAGGAAUGACAUCUCGUGGAACUUCGAGAAGUUCCUCAUUGGCCCUGAUGGCAAGCCGUUCAAGCGCUACAGCAGACGAUUUCUCACCAGCGACAUCGAGGAAGACGUCAAAAAGCUGCUGAGCUUGGCCAAGUAGACAGGCCCUUUCUUUAGAGAAGCAUUAGUGUGGCUAGAGAUAAGCCUGAAGUAACAUGAGCGCCAUGAAAGAUAGUAAUGAUUCUGCUUCAUCUGUUAAUCUGCAGUCUGCACAUUUUCAGAAAUAGUGGGUUUCUUCUUUGCUUCACACAACUGUCGCUGUGUAUCUCUUAACACCAAAUUGGCGAGACUGUUAUUUCUUGCCUGCUUUUGCCUCUGCGAGAAAAGCAUGUGGGUGUCUCCCAACUCUGUUUAUGCUCUCUAGAGCAAGGUGCUGCUGUGUUUAGUCUCUUUACUGAAUGAAGGUGCCCUUUGAAACAUGUGCAGAGAAGGGUGUCUGAUGUAAAUGUAAAAGCCUUAACCUAACAGUAGCAUUUGGCCCUCGUAAAGCAUAGCUGAGUUACUGGGAUUUUGUGUAUUGUGGAAAAAUAAAUUUUCUUUACAAAGAA